AUGGACUGCGCGCACAGGGUCAGGAGGUUCGUCAGGUCAACCACGAUUCGCUUGUUGCUUGCUCGUUUUUUGGCUCGGUUUUUUCUACCCUUUGGCUGCCGGCCGUCGUGGUUAUUAGUACUGCUGGUGGUGGUGGUGGUGGUGGUUUUGGAUUCGUUCUUUUUCGGACUGGUGAGGAGCACCUCGUCGAACAUUUCGGGGCUCACGGUCGACUCGGAACAGACUGCGGACACCUUGCUGCUCCUCUCGUCUCCCGGCCCUACGGACUCGUCACUGUACGGAUUCUUCUUACCCCGUGACUCGAAUCUUGUGUCCACAGUAAGUAUCGGAUUGGGAGAUCGAAAAGUAAAGUUACUCCCAGAAGGGAAAAUUUUCUCGGCUCCAGCGGUUUGGUUAAUUCCGGAUGAUAUACGAGUGGCACCGCUGCUGCUCGAGGAGCUGCAAGAUGACCGGCAACCAGAAUCGAUAGGGCAGCGGUCGAAAUCGGGAUCGAAAAUCCAAUCGGGACAGAGAAUAAUGUCCUCGUCUAAAUCGGGACUGUCGAGCGAAUUGGUUUCGAUACUCGGUUGGUCGGGAAGAGGAUACUGUUGCCCGAUAACAUCGUAG